GCCCGCCGGCCGCUCUUAUUUCGGCGCCAGUGUGCCUGGGCGGGCAGUCGCCGGCCGGCCCAGUCAUCGCACGUGGCCCACACGGCUGCCCAAGCUACAAACUCCGGUCGCGACAGUUCCUCGCCUGAUCGGCUCUCCCCACGUACCCGGCCACGUUAUGAACUGAAUCCAGCAGGCUUCGCGAGGCGUGGGUGGUGUUGGAACAGCCGGUCACAAUGGAGCGGUUCUGCCUCGUAAUUGUCACUUUGUGCCUGUUGGCGGCUCCAGACGCUUCGGCGUCUGUGCUGAAGGACUACCGCUCUCUCUCGAAGAAUUUCACGUCGUUGCUGGACACGUUGUUGGACAAGAGCAAGUACGACAGAAGGAUUCGCCCUGAUUACGGAGGCGCUCCUCUGAUCGUCACUGUGAAUAUGGUCAUAAAAAGCAUGGGAGAAGUGUCUGAGGCAGGAGAGCACUACACGAUGGACUGCUACUUCCGCCAGGUGUGGCGCGACCGCCGGCUCACGUUCACUCUACCCGGCCUGGAGGAGUUCUCGCUGCCAUGGCUGUUCCUGGACCGCGUCUGGAAGCCCGACACCUUCUUCAUGAACGGGAAGCGCUCGCACCUGCACCGAAUCACCGUCCCCAACAAGUUCUUGCGCCUGCGCGAGGACGGCUUCCUCACCUAUUCUAUGAGAUUAACAAUCAAAGCAAGCUGCCCGAUGCACUUCAGAAAAUUCCCAUUGGACGCGCAGAAGUGCCCUUUGCUCAUAGGAAGCUACGGCUACGGCGAGAGCGACAUGGUGUACCGCUGGCCGGACACGGCGCGCGUCGUCACCGGCGACGUGGAGCUGGCCCAGUACGACCUCACCAACAUCUCCACACAGCACGGGCUGCGCGUCAUGCUAGGACAAGAGAGACACUCGAUGAUAAAGGCGGUGUUCCACAUGAAGAGGCACACGGGCUACUUCAUCCUGCAGGUGUACGUCCCAUGCGGCCUCAUCGUCUCCUGCUCCUGGGUCAGCUUCUGGAUAGACCCGUCCGCCGUCCCAGCACGCAUACAGCUAGGCGUGACGUCAGUGCUGUCGCUGACGACGAUGGGCAUGGGAGCGCGCGCCCAGAUGCCGCCCGUGUCGUACGCGACUGCGCUGGACUGGUACAUCAUCCUCUGCUUCCUCACCGUCUUCUCCGUGGUCGUCGAGUUUGCGCUGAUACACUACCGCGAGAGGGUCGCCACCAGCAUCCGGAAGGCGCUGCAGGAGCGUGCCGAUAACGAGGAAGACAAACUUCUCGACAAGAUCGCGCCAAUAGUCUCGGCCGCACCGCAGAUCCAGGUGGAGACGCCGGAAGGGACGGAGCCGCCUCAAGUGCUGGUGAAGGGGAAGCCGGCGCAACCACCAGAUGUGGACUUCGAAGUAGCUAAGGCAGAAACGAAGCCAAAACUGGGUGCUGAGUCGGUACUGGAUGAACUGCCCGAGGUACCCUUGGCAGCCCCUGCCGAAGACACGGCGCUGGUGACACACAUCACAGAGCAGGUGCAACUCUGGCGACCUACGGGGCGGAACUCACGGCCUCCUGGUGACAUUGUUGAGGGCAAGCUGUGCAUACAGGUGGCACCCACCUCCAAGAAGGAUGCAGAUGCCCUCGGCAGUGCUCAAGUACCGACUACGCAGGAUGAAACAAUGUUUAAAGACGUCACGACGUCCCUUGGUAAAACACCUUCAGAGCGCAACAAUUUCGAUAGCAAAGAUUUGCUCAAGAACAAACACCACUAUGACACCGUAGAUGAGCCUCUAGCUUCUCGGCCAGCGACGUCUGCUGACGUAGGACGUCCGUACGCUGCAGUGCGGAAGCUCGGCUGUACGACAGCACCGUACGGGAGCGUGGCUGAUAUCGCUGGGCCAAAGCUAGACUUUGCUGAGAAACCAGCAAGUGGUGCCUCCACGGGGACUGAAGAAGGAGUUCCGUCAUACUCUCCAAAGCCUCUUCCCUUCGGGCCAAAUGUCAAGAUAGAAAGGGCAGAAUCCGAACGUCCUACGGAAAAUGCAAAAAGCAAGCCGACGAUGUUACCCAUCUGGAAACCAACUUACUUGGAGCCUAAGGCUGAGAAACAGCCUACAGCAGCGAGUUCCAUUGCAGACAUUGGUAAAGCAACACCCUCACCUACAGCAGCUUCAAAGCCUCCUCCUUGGAAAUCUGAGAAACCUCCGAUAGCCUCUAGUAUAAUUGCAGAUACAAGGAAAACUGCGUCGCCUAUCACAAAGCCUCUAUUGGAACCCAAGAUUAAAACACUUGUCCCGAGUGCAGUACUUCCGACGGAUUCCUCAAAGAUUGCAGAGAGGGUGGACGCUGGCGAUGACGUGCUUCAGCAGGAAGUUGGAGGAUCCGUCUCUAGUCCAGCAGGGUCGAUGGCCAAAUCCUACAACGAGAAGUUGACCCAGAGUGUCCGGGAGGCCAUCGCGGGAGGACGAGAGGAGGACACGGACGUGGAGGCUGGCCUGGUGGAGGAGGAGUCUCCAGUUAGCGACGGGCUGCGGUACCGACGGCGGCGCGAGGUGCUGCUGACGGGGGAAGACGACGAUGAGUUGGAGUGGCAGGACGAGCUGGAGGCCAUGGACUGGGGGCGGGGCGGGUGGCUGGCCGAGUUGGGCGGCCGCCUCUGCGACCUCUGCGAGCGGCUCGUCAACGCCGUCGUCUGCGGCGCGAAGCGCUGCCGCCUGCUGCCCAACGAGCAGGACGUGGCGCGCGAGAUGCGACAGGGCAAGGAGAAGUUCUCGCGCAUCGACACCGCCGCCCGCACAGUCUGCCCUUUCUCCUUCCUCUUUCUGGUCUUCCUCUACUACACCCUCUACACCUACUACAUCACGGACGAAUUCCCCGUUAAGACGCACCGCAUCUCUGCAAGCAUCCCGAGCAGCAGAGCACGAGCAUAACCGCUGUUAUAUCUUCGAGCUACCGACCGGGUAGAAGAUUUCACUUUAGCGCACAACAUUUCGACGACUGACAUAGUCAUCUAGGUGCAACAAGCAGUGCUCUUACGUGUGCGCUCAUCAUGGGCCCCAAUAAGACUUAGAGACUAUAACCCUGUUCGUUCUAUUCCACCUGACCGUCAUGAUGUUAAAUUGUGAUUUUGCCAAAGGAUAAGGCUUUAUCGGUGCUAUAGCCAAGCAUAAAGAUCGAGAGGAGAGCAGAAGUCGAGCAUAAUCAACAAGUAAUGUGCUUUUACUAAAUUUAAGUAUGUAAUUACCGGUUGGCCAUUCCGAAUGCGGACGUAUGAUAAUUUCAAAUAUAGAAAAUGGAGAAAAGGACAGCAAUCGAUGCUGAAAUCCGUCAGUCUGUUAAAACAGAUCUAGUUUUUAACUAUUACGUGGUCCUAUUCAGUGGGGAAAAUUACAAAACACGAGAAUUAGGAACAAAUCUUAACUGCAAACAUGAGCACUACACCGUUACACACCAUAUAUCAAUGGGUGACAUUAGUCCAUGGUGUCACGUAGUAAACAGUACUGGUUUAUGUAGAAUAUACAGCAGCUGAACUGAAGCCGUUGUUUACAAGAUUUGACAGGAAGGAAAUGUGACGUCAGACAUGUACGGUGCUCUCUAUUGAAAUUCUGUGAAUAAUUAACUAAUAGUGAAAUUAUUGAAUGUAUGUGUUGAACAAUAAAAAUUACGAGUAGAAUAUGACAGCCUCACUAAGUCCCAGUUUGUUUGAAUAUAGUUCAUACUUCAUAGCUCUGAUACAUUCCUUUAUUUUGCUUAUUUGUUAUUUUUUUUAUGUGCCACUAGGUAGCUUCAUAUCUUUCGACAUUGCAAUGCUGUUUUGUUUCACAUGUUUAUUCUUUAAGCUCAGAGCUGGCGCUAAUGUAUUUUUGCGAUCCGUAUGAUUUUAAUUUAUACCCAGAGAGGCUACAGCAUAUUUUGUUGUACUAUCUUCAUUCCCUUAUAUUUUUAAUAUUCCGGUUCAUUAUUUUUCGCUGUUGAAUGGAAAUUUAAAUGGAUCUUCUUCCAUUAGUUUGUAAUCCAAAAAUACAUUACGUACUCUCCUGUGAUUGCUGCUGCUGAGCCUGCUGUACAUAUGGCUCCACACACGUGAUUUGGUUUCUAUUUUAACCAUUAAUUGUGAUUUUUGAUGCUCAGUACAUUUUUAAAAUUAAAAAUGUAACUUUAUUAUUAUUUAAUUAUUCUCAACUGCCUCAAAGGAGGGCACCUCACAUCACUAACAUCACAGAUUUUUCCUGUUCAACUACGUAAGCAACGGCUUGAGUUCAUGUUAGACUCCCGUAUGUUCCCCAACAUGCAAUAUUGUUUACUGCGUGACACUUUGGACUUUGUUAUAUUGCAUGUAACUGUGUAGUGCUUAUGUUUGCACUUACGAUUCGUUGUUCAUUACCUUAUAUUUGUUCUUUAUUCUCCUAUUCUGUAAUUUUUAACACCGAAUACCUAUAUCUGCUGUAAUAACGCAACGGAUUUCGCAAUCGAUUGCUGUCCUUUUGUCCAUAGUCUCUAUUCAACGAUCGCUACGUAGUCUAAUCUUAAGUGUUCUGUAGUUAACAUAUUGCGAUUUGCUAUAACCGUAGCUAACUCUGGCAUGUGUGGUUUACACUGACAAACAAUGGAACUGAGCUGCUACCAAGAAAGUUCAUAGUAACAAAAUAUUCCAUCAUCAAUUUGGAAACAAGUGCUUAAUUUUGUAUUUUUAAUGUUCUUAUUAAACUGAACAUUCAAAUCAAUUCAAUGCCAUCUUAACUUACAUUAUUUAUCAGGUUUCGUAGACCAUGCGAACCGAAGCUGAUUGAUAAUGGAAAAGUUAGUAUAUAGGUAACAGAAUGUCUAUCAGAAGAUUUAUGAACAGAAGAAUUAAAUGAUUAAUAGAACACUUAAAAGGUUGAGAGAAUAUUCACAGAAAUAAAACAUUACAAACAGAAAUUCUCAGCUACCGAGAGGAACUCCUGUGCUGAAUAGUGGAGUGUGUCACAAGGAAACCUUUCGACUUGGGUUUGGACACUUAGUGUUUAUCACUCAGUCUUUCUUUUUCUUUUUAGUUCUGCUGGAAGUCUUCUGAAAAUUAAACGCAUACUGCACACCAUUCUGUACAAUGAUUAAAGAAAAACUGUACAUGUUGUUUUC